AUGUCUGAAAUAUGGAAUCUAAGUACUUUAUGCCGCUGUUGUCACGCCGAUGGUCACUUCAAAAGCCUAAAUUUAACUUACCAAGGUAAAGAAAAUGUUGAAAUAUAUGAGAAUAUGCUAAAAGACACCUUGGGGAUUACUAUAUUUAGACCACAGUUAGAAGCGAGUUACACUAUCUGUGAGGAUUGUAUCGUGAAAGUAAGAGAUGCGACGGACUUCAAAACACAAGUGCUUACGUGUGAACAGAAAUUCAAGGAAUAUUGUGAAAAUGAGCAAUUCUUUUCGCACCCAGAUGUGAAGGUAGAGGAUGAGACGGACACUAGUAGUUGCCAUAGCAACAAUGACGAUAAUCAUUUUGAUGAUGUCGAUGACAAUAAAGAGAUUAUAGAAAAUACAACAAAAGAUAUUAAACAAGAACACAUCAUUGAAAUUGAUAUAAGUGAUAAUAUAGAAGAUGUAAAAGAAGAGAAACCUGAAAAUAUUACUGAAGUACCUGUAAUUAAUUCUUUAGAAGAUAUUAACACAAUAGAAGUUAAAGAUAAGACUACAGUAAAAGAUAAAACAUUAGUCAAAAAACAGAAAUCUACAAAUGAAAAAGACGCUGGCAGAAAAUUAAAAAAUACAAAUCAAAAAGAUAUUAUAACAAUACAGAAACCAUACAUAAUUCAAGAAACAAUAGGAAAUGUUUCUAAAUACUCCUGCAAACAAUGUGGGGCGUCUUUUAACACUAUAAAACUUAUCGGCGACCAUUUGGUCACAGACCAUCGGGCCAUAUUCAAGUGUGAAUACUGCCCAAAAGUUCUAAAUUCAUAUAAAAUAUUACUCAAUCAUUUAAAUAGACACGAAAAGAGACGAAAAGAGAAGUUUAAUAAACAAUGCACUCGAUGCCCGAGAAUAUUUUCGACUAAAGACAGUUUCGUUGAACACAUGCAAUUACACUUGUCUCACAAUAGAUACCCAAUGUGUGACGUGUGUAAAAAGAGAUUCAAAAACAAGAGAAUCUUGUCUAUACAUUUCAAUCUACAUUUGGGGACUAAUAAGAAAGUUCUUUGCCAUAUUUGCGGUUGGGGGUUUAACGAUGCGACAAAUUUGAGAGCUCAUGUUGAUACUGUACACUUUAAACUUAAACCAUUUGUCUGUAAACUGUGCAAUAAGGCGUACGCAACGAAACGGCCAUAUAGGGAGCAUAUGACCAGACAUCGAAGUAAAGAAGAAACAUUCUCCUGUAGUACAUGUAGUUGGGAAUCGACCAACGAAAAGAAGGCUCAAGUUCAUAUCUUGAAGCACACAAAUAAGUUCAUGUGUAAAAUAUGUCCAAAAAUUUUUGACGAUCCCAAAUCUAGGCGAAAGCAUGUCUUUGAUUACCAUGCUUCGAAAUUUACUUGCACCAUUUGUGGGGUGGAUCUAUCAAGCCAAUAUUGUCUGGAUAGGCAUUUAGAGAUCCACAACGGUAUCAAAAAGUUCGAAUGUAAGAUCUGCGGUAUGAAAUUCUCACAGAGAUCAGGUCUAAAUAGGCAUAAUAUGCGACUGCAUAAUCCGGAGUCGAAUGUACAAGACCAUAUUGUGAAAACUAAGUGUGAGAUUUGCAAACGUGGUUUCAAAAAUAUUGAAGUGCAUCUAGAGAGACAUCGUGUAAGGAACUUUAAAUGCGAGAUAUGUGGUCAGUCGUACGCCAGUAAUAGCACUUUGAACCGCCAUAAAACGCAAAAACACUUCGGAAGGCGUUUUUAUUGCGAAGUUUGUAGUAAAAAGUAUUUACAGAAGUCCAAAUUGAAUACGCAUAUGAUUAAGGUACAUGGGGUUAAGGUUGAAAAAAAACUGCCCAGUAUAACCGAAAAGAAAGAGACAGAAAGUACAAAUUCUAGUUAA